AUGGCCAUGUGCAAACAAAAUGGUUUCAACGCAUACGUACCCCUCGCUGCCCUCCCCCCUCCCUUGCCCGCAAUCUGCGUCCUUGUGGACGUUCGUGCUCGCAGUCGCGUCCUCCUUGCCAGCCCUCAGUGGAUCUCGCUCUUCGGCUUUAAGCUCGACUCAGACGUCGUCGGGCACAGCCUGAGCGACCUGCUCCCCGACCUGCCCGUGCUGCAUCGGCUGGUCAAGGAGGGCAGCAUGGGGUACGCGCGGGAGGGGUACGUGAGGCUGGGGCAGCAGGGGUCGUUCCGGGUAUCCUGCAGGCCGGUGGGGGGGGACAUGGAGGACGGGGACCCUGUGGGGUGCGUGCUUGGGUUUAGGAGGACGCGUGCGGAGGAGUUCGAGCGGGGGAUGCUGGAGACGCGGGAGGCAGUGGUGCUGGUGGGGGCGGACGCGGGGCUGACGAUCCUGGGGUACAACCAGGAGGCGCUAAGAUGUGUUGGGCGAGAAGGGGAGCUGAAUGGGAGCGUGACGGAGCUGACGGAGGAGAAGGAAGACGGGGAGAGGCUGGCAGAGGUGUGCCGGAGGCGGCUGAGGGAGGAGGAGGGAGCGGAGGAGGCGACCUGGGAGACGGUGUGGGUAGGGAGGUCGAGGGUGAAGGUUUAUCCGGUGGCGCUAUACUCGGGGAGCCGGGGGAGGCUAUGCGGAGUGCUGCUGUACAUGCGAGAGGAUAAGGGGAUAUGCCGAAGGACGUCGAGCAUUGCCAAUGUGUGCGAGGCGAAGUGGGAGGUCCGAGAGGACAGGAGCUCUGUCAGAGGAGGAGGGGGGAGACAAGGGAGACAGGUUGUUGUAACACCCGUCAAGUGGUACAUGCUUCAUGCGCUGGGAGUGGUGUUGAUACUAUUGGGCGCAUGCCUAUUAGUCAGCUUUGAGCAAGAAGGGCAAGACGAGGGUAGGGUACACCUAUGCUUGUAUUAA